GCUGGCAGCUGCGGGGGAGGACGCACGCAUCCCUCCUGGCGUCCCUUUGAGAUAUCUCUCGUCAUCCGUCACUCACCCGGCGGAGUGUUGGAGUGUAGUGGGUGGGUGUAGGCGGCAAGAUGGCGGCGUGACGGGUGUGUGUGUGUGUGUGUGUGAUGCUGGCUCCUGGCUAGUGUACCGGCAGGACCUGUGUAUCUCUCUCUUGACGACGCUACAUCCCUGCUACAGGUGAGGAGCGGGCCGGCUAUGCCUGCACCAUCCAGCCUCCGGGGGCAGGUGUUGCUGACCACAGCCCAGGUGUCGCCGCCCGAGGACUUCUUCCGUGGCGUGUCGCCGCUGUGUCGCCGGAUGCUGGACGACAUGACCGCUGUGCGGGAGGCUUACGGCGACCGCUGGCACCGCUUCUCUUAUCAACAACAGUGUCGCGUCCUCGACCAGGCUAUAGUGGACGAGGCGACGGUGCUGAAGUACGAGGCCGGGGGUGGUGAAGGUCCGGACUGGCAGUACUUCCCCAAGCUCAAGCUGCCCACGGGCCAGAAGGUCGUGUGUGACGAGAACCUCACCGCCCGGGGCUUUUCGUGCAGCUGGAGGGACGAGCACUCGGCGCCGUUCUCGUGGCACACCCGCUCCCAGAUGGACCUGACGCUGGACACGCCCCCAGCCACGCCCUCCCACCCCAGCACGCCCGUGGAGGCGCCGCCCACCACCACAGCAGGCGAGGGGCGUGUCAUACCCGGCGGGCGGGCAGUGUACACGGCACGACCCCUCUCCCUGCCACGACCCCCUAGGUUCCGCUGGCACUACGACCCCCCGGACGACCCCCCUGACCCCCCGUCUGUGGUCGUGUCCGCCCCAAUGUGCGCCACUUUGCCCAAAGACCUCAUCUGUGGGUCUAAAGGGUCGCCUUCGACGUCGAAGUAUAUGCUCAUACGUGGCAAGGGCGAGCACAGUGAGGGAACUGGGUUCCUGGCCCGGGUCCGAGGCGCAGUCGCAGCUCUCACUGCGACCUGCUUACCGCUGCGCACUUCUCAGGGCCAGACGUCUCUCUUCUCCCUGCACCGCGCAUCUGAUGGCGGCGGUGAGCCUGAUCUACGGGCUCCCAGCGCCAGGCUUCAGAAGGCACACGUCCUAGUAAGUCCACCUGAUGGCCCGCCCUGCGCGGCCACUCAGGUCAAGGCGGCCACAAGUGGCCACACCUCAGACGACAAGACUCAAGGUAAGAGUCACAAGCUUCCAUCACUCUCAGCGCUCUCCAGCGACCCUACUCUUGGCGGCUACGUCUGCUCUCUGCCAGAUGAGGACGAUGACGGGCCAUACACCGCAGCUCCUGGGGCCACACAUGGCCCAGUGGCCCCUCACGGUACAACACUCCUAACACCCACAGUGGCGGAGAGUAAAGGCAAUAUGGCCACAAGUAUUCCUCCGCCGGCGGACCUGCCCACUCCUCUGGCCACGCCAACCAUGGCUGACCUGACCCACAAUGUCACCUUCAUGGGUCCCGGAGCCCCGUCCUCCCGCCCGCCGCCCACACCGUCCCCCGGCGCCCACGGGGACACCUGCAGCGGCGGCGACACCUCCGAGCCCGACUCCAUGACGGACACUCUGGACACCCCGAGGGAGGAACAGCCUCUCCUUCGUCACAAGAAACAUUCGGCGGCUCAAGAGGACCUGGAUCCAUUGUUUUCCUCAGUCUUAUCAACCAAGAGAGAGAGCAACAUUCCCAAGACAGGCUUUGAUUUCCUUGACAACUGGUAAGAUUAUCAAGACAUCUGACCUGGCAGCUGGGGUCACACAGCAGCAGCUGGGUCACACAGCAGCAGCUGGGUCACACAGCAGCAGCAGCUGGGUCACACAGCAGCAGCUGGGUCACACAGCAGCA